AUGAGGAUCCUAGCCUGGAAUUGUAGGGGGGCGGCCAAGCCGUCCUUCAUGUCAUCCUUCAAACGGUUAGUGCAAGUUCAUUGUCCGGAGAUCUGCUUCAUCAGCGAGACCCGGCUAUCUGGUGAGGGGCUUGUACGUUUGAGACGGCGCUUGGGGAGGGACUGGGAGUCAUACGCAGUCGAUUCUCGAGGGCUGUCGGGAGGUAUCCUACUACUGUGGAGGCGAGGGGUGGCGACCUUUGAUGUCUUCCACAACUGCCCCCAACAGGUAGUUAUGGUUGCUUCGGCACCGGAUGUUGCCCCAUGGGUUUUGUGUGGGGUGUAUGCGAGCACGGAUUAUAGGGUCAGGAGAGUCCUCUGGCAGGAGAUCGCCAGCCUUACCGCCCAGGGUGUCCCGACAGUUGUAGUUGGCGACUUUAAUUGCAUAUUGAGUUCGAGCGACAAGAGGGGUGAUGCAGCCUUUAUGGAUAGAGCGGACAGAAGGGAGUUUCGCGAUUUUGUGUCGCGUACUGGCCUGGUGGACUUAGGGUUCUCUGGACCUCAGUUUACUUGGUGCAAUAAUCAGCUCGGCAGUGCUAGGGUUUGGGAGCGUCUAGAUAGGGCCUUUGCGUCCCCGGACUGGAUCCUCCGUUUUCCUACAUGCAGGGUUAGUCACCUACCUCGGAUCGCCUCAGUCCAUUGCCCCCUGCUGAUUUCCACAUCAUCGGGACCUAGUCAUCAUAGCCCCUUCCGUUUUGAGAAGGUUUGGCUAUCAUACCCCCAGUCUUGGGACAUUGUCCGUGAGGCAUGGCGCAUCCCGGUGCGUGGAGAUGCUAUGCACCGGGUGUCGCGCAAACUAGAACUGGCCAAGAGGCGCCUUCGGCGGUGGAACCGUGAGACUGUGGGUGACAUCUUCCGGAGAGUAGAGGGGGUAGAGACUGCGAUCUCUGAGUUGCAGCGAAAAGAAGAUCUAGAAGGUGAGCUCUCGGUGGAUGAUAUGGGUGAUCUCCGGGGGCUUCUAGCGACCCACCACUCACUACUACGGCAGCACGAGAUCUUCUGGCGACAGAAAUCUCGGGUUCAGUGGGUACAUGAGGGUGACCGCAAUACUAGUUUCUUCCACCGGUCUACGAUUAUCCGUAGGCAGCGGAGCACUAUCCACUCGCUGCGAGACGGGUCUGGACAUCGGGUGGAAGGUGAACCUGCCAUUCGCCAGGUUUUGUUGGACUUCUUCCAUGACAGAUGGACGGCGGAUGAGGAGUCCGGCGACAGAGACCAUCCCUUGAGGGUGGAUGCGAGGAUCGAGGAUAUUGAGAACGCAGCCCUGGUCCGACCAGUGUCCGCACAGGAGGUUCAGGAGGCAGUCUGGGCUUUGGCUCCAGACAAGGCUUCGGGUCCGGACGGAUUCCCCCCGUUCUUUUUCCGACAGUAUUGGGGUAUCAUUCGGACAGCAGUGGUAGAGGCUAUUCAGUGCUUCUUCUCUCAGGAGAGGAUGCCGGAUGACUGA